AAUAAAAUAAAACAGAAAGGCUAAUCUCUUCAAAAUACCAUUCAAUUCUCUCGCAGCCUCCCACUUUGUUGGCGUCAAAUUUAAUGACAAGUUAGAUAAAGUGAGUGACUCAUUCAUAUCUGCAAAAUUUAUCCAAAUAGAGAAAGGUCGAUGAUGGCGAAUUCCAAGUUGAAGGCUCUGUGGAACCAUCCAGCAGGUCCAAAAACCAUUCAUUUCUGGGCACCAACCUUCAAAUGGGGACUAAGCAUAGCCAAUAUUUCUGACUUCUCAAAGCCACCGGAAACGCUUUCGUAUCCCCAGCAAAUGGUUUUUGCAGUCUCUGGAUUCAUUUGGUCGCGCUAUUGCACUGUCAUCACUCCCAGAAAUUUGAACCUAUUGGGUGUUAACUUCACUAUGGCAUGUACAGAUCUUUAUCAAGUUGCUCGAAAACUCCGCCAUGACUGCUUCCUCCAAGAGAAUCCACCUGCUGCCCCUGCUUCUGCUGAUGUUCUUGAAAAUUGAUGAUCAGCUUCAUGGCUGAGUGAGUGAAAAUUAUUUCAUGUAUAACUGGCUUAACUUUCACUUGCUCUGUGAUCGAUAUUUAACUUAAAUAAGUGUUUAUAGAAGAAGCUGUUCGAUUGUAUGUAUCUACAUCUCAAUAUCUCCUUGUAGUUUGGAUACAAUUACAAUCUGUUCAUGACUUCGUUUUGAUAAAGGUAUCGUGAAUUGGAAAAAGAAA